CAAACGCUACACACCGAACCGAAACCCCAACACGCAGAAACCCCUCGAUGGAGGAGAAACGCCGCGACGCCGGAACCUCAACGUCGGCGAGCGGAGAUUCUCCGGCGACCGAGCCAACUUCGUCGCGGCGACGUGCCGGCGGCCAGAAGCGGAAAUCCGGAAACCUCGGCUCCUCUGGCUCUUCGUCGGCGCCUUCAAAGCGCGCCACUCGCGAGAAGUCCUCUCUCUCUCACCCUCCGAUCCACAACGGCCCGUUGACCAGGGCUCGCCAGGCUCCAUCCAGCCUCUCCUCGAGCUUAGCUUCCGCCGAUGGCGCCCCCGCCGCGUCGGCAUCCGGCGGCGCCAAGCCAGCUGCGGAGCAAGCCAGGGUUCCCGGCGUCUUGGGCGGAGAGACCGUGGCGGCUGCUUCUGUAGCGGAGGAAUUGAGAAAGGAGAGCGAAUUGGAAGCCUUGGAGUCGGGGCUUGAGGCCAAGUUCCAGGCCAUUAGAUCUCGAAGUAACAGCGCUCAUGUGGUUCCUAGUCAUUGCGGAUGGUUUUCAUGGACAAAAAUUCACCCCAUUGAGGAGCGCACAUUGCCAUCUUUCUUUAAUGGGAAGUCUGAGUUGCGUACUGCCGACACAUACUUGGAGAUUCGUAAUUGGAUUAUGAAGAAAUUCCAUUCAAAUCCAAGCACACAGAUUGAGUUGAAAGACUUGUCAGAACUUGAGGUUGGAGACUUGGAUGCUAGACAAGAGGUACUGGAGUUUUUGGACCAUUGGGGUUUGAUUAAUUUCCACCCAUUUCCACCAACAAGUUCUGCGGUGGGCGGUGCUGAUGGUGAUGGUGAUGGCACGGCAAAAAAGGGUUCUUUGGCUGAUAAGUUGUAUCACUUCGAAAUACCACAAUCGUCUAUGCCUGUCAUUCCCAAGAAUAAUGUAGCUGCUCCAGCUGUUCCAUCUGGGUUAUUUCCAGAAUCUGCAAUUGCUGAAGAGCUGGUGAGGGUUGAGUACCAUUGCAACUCUUGUUCAGCUGAUUGCUCUCGCAAGCGGUACCAUUGUCAGAAGCAGGCAGAUUUUGAUUUAUGUACCGAUUGCUUUAAUAAUGGGAAGUUCGACUCUGGCAUGUCAUCUACGGACUUUAUUCUCAUGGAGCCUGGUGAGGGUGCUGGGCUGAGUGGUGGGAAGUGGACAGAUCAGGAGACCCUACUUCUCCUUGAAGCAUUAGAGCUUUAUAAAGAAAACUGGAGUGAAAUUGCAGAACAUGUUGCUACGAAAACCAAAGCUCAAUGCAUAUUGCACUUUGUCCAAAUGCCCAUUGAGGAUACCUUUCUCGAUUAUGACGAUAAUAUGGACUCCACUUCCAAAGAAAAUGCAGACCCAGCUUCAACAGAGAAGGAUCAAUCAGUCCCCAAAGAUGCUGGUGAAGCAACUAAAGGUGAGACUGCUGCUAGUGAAAAUCAGUCCCCGACUUCCCCAAUGGAAACUUCAAAAGAAGAUAUAAAGGAUGUAAAAGCUAGUCAGGACACUUCAAAACCAGUUGAGGCUAAUGAAGUGAAAGCCAGCCAGGAAAAUUCAAAACGAAAGGAAGGCAGCGAAUCCAAAGUAGGUGAGGAGACAGAAGAAGACUGCACAAUAAAGGCCCUUAAGGAAGCAUUUGAAGCCGUUGGUUAUCCUCUAACGUGUGAGGGAUCAUUUUCAUUUGCAGAAGUAGGAAACCCCGCCAUGGCUUUGGCAGCUUUCCUAGCACGCUUGGUGGGACCUGACCUUGCAACUGCUUCAGCUCAUAAUUCUUUGAAAUCCCUAUCCGGAAACUCUCCAAGCAUUGAGCUAGCUGUGAGGCACUGCUUUCUUUUGGAAGAUCCACCAAAUGAUAAUAAGGAACCGGCUGGAUUGCUUAGUGUUGAUAAAGUGGCUAAUGGGGAGACUCAAACAGAUGAAAUCCCAUGUGACAAGAAAGAGGAUUCUAGUCUUGAAGAAAAGACAUGUUUGAGUGCUCCAGAAGGUGAAUCCCAGGAGAAACCACAUGCUGCAAAAGAACAGGAGGCCGUAGUUGCGAGUGAGGAAGGUGAUUCCGUUAAUUUAAAGAAACGAAGCACUUCUAAGAUAAUAAAGGAUCAACCACCAUCUACACUGGGUGGAUCAGGAGAAUUAAAAGCUGAGGGAGAGCUUCCGCCAAGUUUGGUGAAGGAGUCAGAAGGAAAAUCAGGACAGCUUCCUGAAUCCACAGAGACUUUGAACGAUGUAGAAAUGUCUGAACCUCCUCCCUCAGAAAAGAAUGAGCCCCAGCAAAACGUUUCAUUGAAUUUCAGGAGUGACUCUACCCACUCUGCAGAAGAUUUAAAAAAUGUUGACGCGGUGUCUGAUUCUCUGCCUCUGGAGAAGAACGACAAGCAUGGUAAAAUUGUCAACUCAGAUGGAAAACCCCCUUCUAAUGCCGCAAGAGAUGUAGAUAUGGUGCCUCAUUCUCAGGAAUCAGAAAAGAUUGAACCUCCACAACCUGUUUUGGCAAAAGCCAUCGUUGAAAAUACAGCAAUUGAAGAGCCUACUAAAGAUGGUGACAAAGAGAAGCACGAUGCUUUGGAGACGAAAGAACAUAAGAUUGAUAAAAUAAAGCGUGCUGCAGCCUCUGCUAUUUCAGCAGCAGCAGUGAAGGCAAAACUCCUUGCAAAUCAGGAAGAAGACCAAAUCCGACGACUGUCAGCAUUGUUGAUAGAGAAGCAGUUGCAGAAAAUGGAAACCAAGUUAGCCUUUUUCAAUGAGAUGGAAAAUGUUGUUAUGAGGGUGAGGGAGCAAAUGGACAGAUCAAGGCAGCGGCUUUACCAUGAACGGGCACAGAUAAUUGCAGCCAGACUCGGCUUACCCGCUUCCUCAUCUAGGGUGAUGCCUUCAUCGCUGCCUGGCAAUAGAAUUGGCGUGAACAUUGCUGGCUCAGUUACAAGGCCUCCUCUAAGCAUGGUUUCCCAGAGGCCACCAAUGUCAAGACCCAUGGGGUCUGUGGCUCCUAGUCCUUCAAUACCUUUACCAACAUUGGCAGGAAGCUCAAUUCAACCUCCCUGCCAGGACAAACUUUCUUCUGUUGGAACAAAGUAAAACUUGGAGAACAUGUUUCCAAGUUUAUCCAUUCAUGUGCACCACCUCCAUCUACUUUUUACACCCAGUUCACAAAUGCAAGGUUGGUUGAGUCUAAUAGCUAGAAGAUUUUUCUGCAAAGUUUGCUACCUUGAUAUCCUCGUUCUAUUUGAAUCAUUGAGGAAAUACCAUGUUCAUACAAUUUCGCACCCGUAAGCUCACAGAACAAAGGAAAUGAUAUGAGGAGAAUUAGAAGUUCUGCGCUUUUACUGAUGUGGAUUUUGUCAGGCCGAGUUAUUUAGCUACUCAAUUGACCUAGUUUAAUUGCACUGGUAGAUAUCAUCUCUGCGAUCCGUCAUUUAACAGCUAAGAGGUACAAAAGGGGAACCAAAAAAAUGUUUUAGGUGAUGAUGUAAGCGACUCUAUCUCACUCAUCCAUUUUGUGGAACCAAAAAGGGAAGUCUAUACCCUUUGGACGAUUCUGCUAACAAAGCUGCUCAUUGUAAUUUAAUAUUGGAUUUAUGAAUAUUGAGAUUGGUGAUUCAAUACUGAAUAUUUUUCUUUCUGGUGCCUUGUUGGCUGCAAUUGGAUUACUUGGUAACAAUUUGCUGGCUGGAGUUGUACAUUGUAUGGAUUCAGGUCUUCGGUUUGUCUCAAUGAAAUUGUAGUCCUUUUUGGUUGAAUGUGAA